UUCUCUUUGUUUAGGGAUAUAGUUGUACACUGUGCAGAGAUAAGAAAGCAUCGCUUCACUCAUGUCCUGAACUGCGCCCACAGCUCCAGACGUGGCGGUGAGAUCUAUGAUGGCAUGGGCAUCACAUACAUGGGCAUGGACGCACACGAUUCACCCACAUAUGACAUGAGUGUCAACUUUAACAAAGCUGCUGAAUUUAUACAUACAGCGCUGAAAGAUGGAGGCAAAAUCCUGGUACAUUGUCAUGUUGGAGUGAGUCGAUCAGCAACUAUAGUUUUGGCAUAUCUGAUGCUGAAACAGAACAUGAUGCUGGUGGAGGCAAUCCAGAAAAUAAAAGAGGGAAGAGGCGUCUUUCCCAACCGAAGCUACCUCAGACAACUCAUUGACCUUAAUGUUAAAUGAUACGGCUAGACACUAAACACACAACAGCCAUGAGAGACAAUGAAAAUUAAGCAGACAGGAGAAAUAUGGAUUAAUGUGGGUUUUAUUGGAGCAGAAACUUUA